AUGCGUCUCUCCUCACGCAUCUCUACGGUGGCCGCGGCCGCGCUCUCGUUGCAGGCGGUCAUGGCCGCGGCGGUGUCCCCCUCCACAUCGGCCUCAGAGACCACGAGUAGCAAGGUGCCUCAAUUUCACAAUGCGGCGCGCCACGAGGCCGCCGACCCGUAUGUUUUCUACGACGCCGCCAGCGCACGGUACUAUGCCUACUCGACCGCCGGCGCCGACGACGGGUGGAACUUUGCCAUCUACAGCAGCCCGGACCUGGCGACCUGGCAGCGGCAGCCGGGCGGAGUGCUCAAGGCGUGCUACGACGCCAACAUGACGAGGCUCGAGGGCGGGCAGGCGUGCUGGGCGCGCGAUUGGUUCUGGGCGCCCGAGACGUACCACAACGCCGCGACGGGGUGGUAUUUCUUCUUCUUCGCGGGCCGUCUGCGCGAGGACCUGACGGCGGCGCACUUUCGCUACGGCAAGUUUGAGGAGCCGUCCAAGAUUGGCGUCGCCGUGUCGAGGUCGCCGACGGGGCCGUUUGAAGAGAUUCAGGAGAUGCCAAUUGACUACUACCCGUUUGAUCCCGACUACCACGAUGUGAACCUCAUCAUGGACGAGAAGCAGAUGCUGCCUCCGCAGACGCUGGAAAGAGGCCAGACGGCGCCCAAGGGCACGUAUAUCCCGGGCAUAGACCCUAACGUGUUCUUCGAUGAGGAUGGCAAUAUUUACCUCUACAUGUCGCGCAACGCGUACCGCAACUGGAACUGGGACGCCGCGCUGGGAAAGUACAUUGAAGAGUCCAACAUUCUCGUCGUGGAGCUCGAGCGCGCGUGGUGGGACGACCCGACGGCGUCUACCAUGCCCGAGAUUGUAGCGUCGCAGAGGGACAGACACGCCAAGGACGCGCCGAAGCUUCCGUGCAGCAUUCGCUCGUACAACGGCACCGGCGAGAUCGGCCGGCCGCCGCGCAAGGACGGCUGGACGACGGUGAUUUCCUACGGCGCGGACCCGCAGGCGUGGGAGAACUUCCACGUCGACGACUACGCCAAGUUCAACGGCACCAAGAAGAACCGGCGCUGGUCCGAGGGCAGCACGCUGCUGAAGCGGCACGACGCCGACGGCAAUCCCGUGUACCUGAUGACGUACAGCUGCAACAACUACGAGGCGGCGCGCUACGGCGUGGGCUUCGCGACCGCGCCCUCGCCCCUCGGGCCGUUUCGCAAGGCGGCGACGAACCCGGUGCUGGCGCAGCACCCGAACGACACGAUCCCCGUCUUCUCGACGGGUCACGGCAGCGUAGUGGCGAGCCCGGUGUAUGGCAUCGGCGCGCAGGACGUGACGCGGCAGACGCCAAAGGGCGCGGAGCUGUUUUACGUGCACCACGCGCGCAACGACACGGCGAGCGAGCGGGCCCUGUACACGACGCGCAUGACGCUGCAGGCGGACGCGGGCGUGGGCUCCGAUGAUGCGAUUGCGAUGCAUCUGACGACGGGGGACCAGGCGCUGCCGCGGGAUACCUACCCGCUGCGGUUGGAGGCGCGUUGCGAGCGAGGAGGAGGAGGAGGAGGAGGAGGGGAGUACAAGGUGCGGGUGAGGUCGAGGACGGGUGCGACGUUUGAUCUGGGCGAGGGGGGAAAUCGAGUGGUGGGGAUCCCGGGGGAGGUGACGCCGGAGGAGAAGGAGGUGAUGGAUGAGGAUGGUGCGUUUGUAUAUAUGUUUGGGGAGAAUGAUGUGGGAGGGUUGGCGUACCAGAGGGAUAAUGUGGAUGGGAGCUGGAGUACGAUUGCCGAGAGUCAUCUAUAUUGCAGGUAA